UCAAUUCCUGACGUGGGCUCUCUCGCAAGCACAGGCAGGAGCGUUUUGACAAACGGCAGACGCGCUGACGGGCAGUACGGCGACGGCCCGAGUGGUUUCCAGCGUCGCACUUACCGCGAGUUUAAUGGUUUCGCUCUGCGUGGUCUCUGCUCUUGCUAGCGCCGCUUCCCCGACAGUUGCGCCACCUCGAGCACGAUUGAGUGCUUUCCCCGGAAAUCAUCGUCCCUACUUGAGUCCCUUCAUAACUGCGGGUCGUUUCCAAUAUUUAACGGGCAGUAUGGCGGUCAUACAGCUCGGAUGGCUUCUGCUCGCCCUCGUCUCUCUGACCCGCAUAUCACUCGCUGAUGUCCCCACCGAUCUGCCGCGACUUUAUUAUACUGGCAAAAAUGAGCUCCCGUCGAGCUCUCUUCUUCCGUGCUUCAAAGGGUUCAUAGACGAUGGGGGACGUGUAUGGCUGCUGUUUGGCUGGAGACUACUGUUUGGAGAACCAGGCCUGCUACAACAAGUACAGAGCGAUAACCUACCAGAAGGGCUGUACAUCCAGCGAGUAUGGUGGCGCCAAAUUUCCGCGCAAGUGUGAUACAGAGCAAAGUAAGGCGGACUCUGUGGGUUUGGUUUAUUGCAAUGGCACGAACGGGACGCCGAAAGACACUUGGGUAAGACGGCAUGACUGGUUUGUGGGAGGUGCAUCUGACGUGGAAAUGUCUGCCAACACCCGGAUAACUGUUUCACGCCAGCUUCAAAUUGUCCCCUCUCUGGAUUCGCAAAGUGGGACCCAAGACUCGAGAUCACGCGUACAACGUACUGCUAGAACAUCAAACACGACCAGAAGUGGGUGGCUUUCG